GAUGUGGACAAGUUGAGAGAAGCAGAUGCUAUACUCGACGAAUACUAUACUGCAAACGUACUUUUCGAACGAUCGCUUUUUCCGCUGUUCAAAAAGUGCUCCCGCACAAAGCCGACCAGCUACUUAUUUGAAGGGUAUUUAGCAAAAUUGUUCGGACUUGAGGUUCGACACCAAUCAUCUUUGGCGUUUCAAAUUCCAGAAGUAGACGUACUUACGUCACCCACACAAAUUGAAAAACUGCGGCAACUUUGGUUAGAAGAUAUUCGAAAUUGUAUUGAUUCAGAAGA